AUGGAUUUCUGGUCUCGGCUUGUUGGCGGUUCCCGCACACCCUCCAAAACCCCUCGAACAGGCGGCCCCGUGGAGCGGUUGGCGGCCUUGAAGAGGUCCUGCAAUACUCUGCAACAAAUAUGGCGCUCGAGCAACUCCGCUUCCAACGAACUCGCCGCGACGUCCCAGGCGCGGGCUUGCGUUGACCGUCUGAACCACGUCCUCAGCGAAGAAUCCAGAGGCCCUGCACCCCAUCCGUGUCUUUCGUAUGCCUCCACUUCGCAGAUAUUCGUGACGGUUACGAAGCUGGCUUUGACCUAUCGAGAUGAGGGAUUGGUGCGAUCAUCGGCCGUUUUCUUCAACACGCUGAUUGAUGCCGAGGUGGAUGGAGUCGUCGAUAACCGUGUCUUUUCGCGGGCUUUGAUCGAUCUCGUUCGAAGGAAUUCAGUGCGUACGGAUGACACGGAGUCGCGUCUAGUCGAGUUGCUUUUCGGCGUUGCCAACAACGUUCGCUUGCGUCCGCAAAUAUUGACUGCUUGGUUUAUUCCCAAGCAGGCCGAACUGCCGGAGAGAGAAUUGGAAGAGGAUGAACAAUUUGCAGGAGUCACACGCAAGGAUGAUUUCCCACUCUUUUACCUAUUGGUAGACUAUGUCCAUCGUGAAGGUCGUGCAGGUGACUUUGCUCGAACGGGCUUGUUAUAUCUCAUUGAAACUGCGACGCGUUCGAGGAUACUUGAGAAAUGGUUGAUUGAAAGUGACCUGGCCACACUGAUGGCAACAGGUCUGGGUGCGGUUUAUAGUCAGCUCAGCAGAAACGUUUAUCCUACCUUUGUCGAGGAGAACGUGCCGACUAUUAUAGCCCUCUCCGACGAGAAUGAUAUUCAGCGGAAUUUUGACGGAAUAAUUCGUCCUGACGUGGAGUCUUUCAUAUCCUAUUUGCUAUUUUGGCAGGAUACCAUCGAGCAUUGCCAAUCUAAGGAGGUCAAUGAUACCCUGCUAGACCAUUUCGAGGUACUAUUUUUACAACAGCUUCUCUAUCCAUCUUUGUUGGAAUCCUCCGACGUGAAGGGUGGAUCAACUUCCACAGUACUGAUGUAUCUGUGUCGAUUACUGGAAUCUAUCGAUCAACCUAAACUUGUUCACCGCACUCUUCGAUUUUUGAUGGCGACCCCCACCGACACUGAGCCUAGCGUGGAUGUUUCCCAAAAUUUACGCAAGAAACAUCUAUCUGUCAGCCGGCGCAAGUCCCUAGAUAUGCUUGCUACCUUGGCAGAAGCUGAGGAGCAACAGCCAUCGCCAUCACUGUUCAAUCUUGCCGACUUGAUACUGAUGAGCAUUAAAUCACAAAAUAAAGAGACAAUUGUGGCGACCUUGCGCCUAUUGACGGUUAUAGUACGGAGACAUCAUCCUUUUGCAGGAUCUUUGAUCAAAACGAAGGAGCCAGUAUCUGGACCGCAGCGUACCGUUGGUGCUCUCAAUGAAGAGCUUCGCAGAUACUUAUCUUUUGCCACAACCAUUAUGGACGAGCCGUCAUUGAACGACUCUUUUGAGCAUUAUUCCAAAGAUGCCGCACUUGUCCUUGAAUCUCGUCUCUUCAUACCAUCUCCAAGGAGCAGCAUCCUCGACGGGCCGGCUGACCAGCCACUGGAUCUCUCCUUGGACGAUGCGAUCUUCAAGGAGAUGUUGAACUUGUUGGAUAGAUUCUUUUCAAACAGUGUCACGGUGAAUCUCGGGUUGACUGAGCUCAUCACGAGUCUUGCCUCGUCUAACUUGAUCUCACUCAAUGGAUGGUUGUUGGUUGAUCCUGCAAACUACGAGUACGAAUCGGAUUCUUCGCCUCCAGAAACGAAAUUCCCGAGCGUCACGGAGGGAAACACGCCAGGUCUCGACGGUGAACAAUCUAAAUUUGUUGAUCCUUUAGCAGCUAUUAAGAAAAGUCUGUCGCCAGCGGGCUGGUCAGCUGGGAAUGAAGCGCUCAUCGCAAAGUCUUUACGAAAACUUACAGAACAUCUUGAAGAUUGGAGGAGAGAUAUCCCGGAUUUUGACAUUCUAGUCGCCGCCCGCCGUGACCUAUUACACAGUGACGAUGAUGACGAUACUUUAAGAAAUCAACGCUCAAUCAAUACAUCUCGUCAGCCCUCACAACCUCCAACUACAGGCUCCAUUGAAACUCCUCUUUCCCCACGUGGCCGACCUAUCAGUAAUAACAUCAAUCAAGAAGGACCGCUUUCGAACACUCCAGGCUCCCUACCACGCAGCACGAUUGGCUCUCCUUUGCGUGAGCCAUCCGUCCAAUCACCUGUGCCGUCCUCUCCGGUUCAACGUCUCGUUGCGGUUGAGGACCUCCGACAACGACUUGCCAGCUCAUAUCGAGUCGAUAAGACGACUGAACAGCUCACCUCUGCUCCGCAAGAAAAUAAAUCCGCCAAUGAAAAUCCGACUAAUGAUCUGGUCGAUGGAAGUGAGCAAUCGAGUCACAAGCCACCGCCAACCCAGGAUGAAACCGUGGUUACACUUGGGCAUAUCCUUACCAAUGCUGUAAUCCUGUACGAGUUCGUACUGGAGUUGGCCGCUAUGGUGCAGGUCAGGGCUACGCUAUUCGAGGAGGCAGGUUACGCAUGA